AUGGCAGCGCCCGUGCUGAACCACAAGCGAGCGUUCCGUGGAAACAACAAAGUGGUGACUGUGGACGACUUCAGGCGCCUGGGCCUGCCAAAGUUGCCACCGGUGGUGCGCGCAUACUACCAAAGUGGGGCAGACCAGGAGCAAACGUUACGAGAAAACGUGUUGGCUUUUGGCAGGCUCCGUUUGCGACCCCACGUUCUGGUCUCCGUGCACAAUAGGAGGCUCAACACCACGCUGCUUGGGCAGCCAGUGAGUAUGCCCGUAGGCAUCGCGCCCACUGCCCUGCAGAAAAUGGCUCACAGUGAGGGAGAGAUCGCCACGGCCAUGGCUUCAGCGAAGGAAGGGACGGUGAUGAUCCUGAGCACGCUGAGUUCGAUUGCGCUGGAGAAAGUCAGGACCGAAGCGCCGCAGGGCAUAAUUUGGCUGCAGCUGUACGUUUUCAAGAACAGGACCGUCACGCUUGAGCUGAUAAGGCGUGCCGAACAAGCAGGCUUCAAGGCCAUCGUGCUGACGGUAGACGCGCCCACCUGGGGACGGAGGAUCGUGGACGAGCGCAACGCCUUCACAACGCCUCUGGGAAUCUCGCUCGGGAAUUUUCCGCCUUCACGAGGAUCGCAAUACGACCACUUCGAGAAAACGAAAGGUUGCGGCCUGACCAAGUACACGAACGACUUCUUUGACCCUUCGUUGACUUGGAAGGACGUCGCUUGGCUCAAGAACGUUACGAAGCUACCUGUAGUCCUGAAAGGAAUACUAACUGCGGAGGAUGCUUCCAUAGCAGUGAGCGUGGGUGCAGACGCCAUUAUCGUGUCGAACCAUGGGGGACGCCAGCUGGACGGAACGCCGGCCACGAUUGAGGCGCUGCCGGAAAUCGUGUCGGCCGUGGGCGACCGGGCAGAAGUCUACAUGGACGGCGGCGUACGCAUGGGAACGGACGUCAUCAAGGCGCUCGCACUCGGUGCAAAAGCGGUGUUCGUGGGAAGGCCGGCGCUGUGGGCCCUCGCAUAUGACGGUAGAAGAGGUGUCAAGAUGAUGCUGGAUGUCUUCAGGACGGAACUUCUAAGGGCUAUGGCACUUAUGGGCCGCAAGUCAGUGCAUGACCUUGGUAAGCAAGACGCUGUCCGUCAGGAGUACUACUGGUUUAAGUGAACAAAAAAAAAGGAAGAAAAAUACGGCUGCAUUUAUUCCAUCUUGCGAUCUACACAAUUGCUGUGAUCUGCAUAUUUCAUCCAAUAAAAUAUGUAACUUUGAACACCUUUUGAAACGUUGUCGGCAUCGUUCUUUUGUACGUUAUAUAUACGUAAUUACAGCUAUGGCUCGCAGCCGAGUAUAAUUUUUCUGAACAAACUUAGAGAGAGAGAGA